AUGGCGACGACAUCGACAAGCUCUCGACACUUCACGCGCCUCAUUCACAGGCCUGCUCCUGGGAUGAGUGACAAGCUGGCGGCAGGAAUUGGCUCUGGCACAAGCUCUGGCAUCGACAAGAAGCCCAGCGUCACCUUCGACAAGUCCGGCACCAGCCUGAUCGUCGACAGCGAGACUGAGCAGGUGCUGCGCCGGCACCCUGACCUCUAUCUCGAAGACGGCAGCGUGAUUGUGCGCGCAGAGGAUACUCUGUUCCGCGUGCAUAUCUCGAUGCUGUCGCGCCAUUCGAUCUUCUUUCGGGACGUCUUUGGGAUGCCGAAAGGCGGGGAGGGCACGGAUCAGCUGGAUGGAUGCCCAGUGCUGUUUUUGCAGGACCGCGCAGAGGACGUAGCGAACCUGCUCUCCGCGCUGUAUGACGGACCUGUUCUCAGGGAUAACAGUCCGGAUGACUUUCGGGUUGUGGCGGGAGUGUGUCGGUUGGCGACGAAGUAUCUGAUAGAUACGCUUCGCGUGAAAACGAUCGCACACCUCAGCAAGGCUUGGCCAUCGACGCUGAAGGAGUGGGACGCGCGAGAGGAUGCAGCCCGAGUGCACGAGAUUGCUUUCGCAUCUGCCAACCCUCCCACUCUUCCACGUUACCCCAACCCCGUCGACGUGGUCAAUUUAGCACGCGAAGUCGACGCUCCUUCCCUGCUACCCUCCGCACUUUACGACCUUUCACGAUAUCCCUUCACCCAGAUCUUCGAAGACCAGUCCGCCUCUCUCGACGUCCACGACCUCCAACGACUAUGCCUCGGAAAGGAGGCAGCACAGCACGCCAUCACUACCCUCAUCCAAUCCAUGACCCAUGCCCAGUUUGGUCGACAAUUCCCCUAUCACACCCAUAUUCGGUCGGCGUCGAAAGGGAAGGCAUCGGCACACGGCAGCGCAGUAUGCAUGUCCCCGGCAGCGUGCCGCAAGGACUUUGCCGAGCUCGUCGAGCUGGCAACCCAGCAUUACCUAUUCGACCGCGAACGCGGGUGCGGCGACCCGCUUUACGUGGCGGAGGAACUCGGCCAGCUGAAGAGCGUGGAGUUCUCCGAGUGUGCUGCUUGCGCAAGAAGCUUAGAGGCUUGGGCGGCCCGCGAACGCGAGAAGAUGUGGAAGAUGAUUCCGACCUGGUUCCGUCUAGAAUCGCCAACCCCAGAGGACUCGCCGAGGACGAGUGGCGAAUUAUCGAGAUGA